CCAGAGAUGCAGCGCCGCUCGGGAGGACACCUAUCCAGGGUGUACGGUCUGACCAGCCGCGGAGAUCGCUACACCACCGUCUCUGAGCAGCUGGAGAUGGACAGACUACCGCGGGAGUGGGACUGGAGGAACGUCGACGGCGUCAACUAUGUGUCACCAGUGAGGAACCAGGGCGCCUGCGGCUCAUGUUACGCCUUUGCCUCGAUGGGAGCUCUCGAGGCGCGCGUGAGAAUUCUCACCAACAACACGCGCCGAUCGGUGUUCUCACCCCAGGACAUUGUCAGCUGCAGUGAGUUCAGCCAAGGAUGCUCCGGCGGCUUCCCCUAUCUGAUCGCAGGGAAAUACGGCAUGGAUUACGGCGUGGUGGUGGAAGCCUGUAACCCCUACAUGGGCAAGGACACGGAGAAUUGCACUACGGACGAGACCUGCCGUAGGGUUUACACCUACCAAUACAAAUACGUGGGAGGGUUUUUCGGCGGAUGCAGCGAGCUAGAAAUGAUGCGGGCCCUGGUGAAGAAGGGACCGCUCCCGGUGGGUUUCGAGGUGUACCCCGACUUCCAGAGCUACAAGGGCGGCAUCUAUCGGCACGUCACCGAAACGAGACAGUUCGGCUUUGAUCCGCUGGAGCUGACCAAUCACGCCGUGCUCCUAGUCGGUUAUGGAGUGGAGGACGGAAAGAAGUACUGGAUCGUCAAAAACUCGUGGGGAGAAGAGUGGGGUGAGAAGGGCUUCUUCAGAAUCGAGCGCGGAAACGACAUGUGCGGCUUUGAGAGCAUGGCCGUCGACUUUGACGUCAGCCCCUACUGAGUGUUGAUGUCACACACCGACUGGUGACGUCACCUCUGUCUGAACACUAUGACUGCAGUGACGUCAUACGGAGGGGGUCACACGAAUGACGUCAUAGUGUGAAUGUAAAUCAUGCUGCCGAACGUCACGAAGACGGGACCAUGUGACAGUGACCGUUCCACUUCGUGAUGUGGUUGCUUAGAAAAGCAUUGGUCUUCUUAUAGCUGCAAUAUCACAUAACAACUGAGUUAUAUCACAUCUAGUAAAAGCACACCGAUAUACGUUAUCGGUGCCGUAUAUAGUGUUUCAGUAAAAAACCUAUGCUACAUUCCGGUCAUGGCCUUAUGCUGUAAAUGGCAUGAGGUUAAUGCCUAGAUCACCAAGAGCCGCCUUGCAGAGAUAGUGUACCUAUAGCUUGUAUUUUACAUAUCUGAUGGAGACCAGGAGAGGUGCCUUUUUGUUUGACCCUCUUUUCUCGAUAUUGUUUCUUGUACAUUUUUGCAGAGCUUCGAUGGUUAUUAAUUGCUCUACGGUAUAUACUUACCAGAUAUCAACCAAUGCUCGCCAUGAUUAUGCCAAUAAACUGUAAAGCAUUUA